AUGGCGCCCUCAAAAGAUGUUGUUGCCGCUGGCUCCUCUGCCCUGGCCUCAAUUAACCCCGACCAGACCCUGAAAGCCUCCAAGGCUCUCUUGGCACACAUCAAGAAGGCGUCCAAGCAGAAGCAGGAGGAAGCCACCAAGCGCAACCUCCUCGAGGAUGACGAUGAGCCGCUCGAGACCCCCAUCUGGUUGACCUUGACCACCAAGCGCCACAUCGCCGACAAGGCCCGCCUCCAGCCCGGCAAGAUUGCGCUGCCGCACUCUCUCAACACCGACGAGUCGAUUACCAUCUGCCUCAUCACUGCCGAGCCCCAGCGUGCCUACAAGGAAAUUGUCGCCUCGGAGGAGUUCCCCGCCGAGCUCUCCAAGCGCAUCACCCGAGUCAUCGACUUUGGCAAGCUCAAGGCCAAGUACGGUCAGUACGAGGCACAGAGGAAGCUCUUUUCGGAGCACGAUGUCUUCCUCGGCGACGACCGCAUCAUCAACCGGUUACCCAAGGUCCUCGGCAAGACCUUCUUCAAGAGUACACAGAAGCGACCCAUCCCAGUGGUGCUGCAGGCCAAGGCCCCUAAGGUGGACGGCAAGCGGACGAAGCGAACGAAGACGGAGGGAACCGUCAACGCCGGCACACCCGCCGACAUUGCCAAGGAGGUUGAGAAGGCUCUCGGCUCGGCCCUCGUCAGCCUGGCCCCCACAACCAACACCGCCGUCCGCGUCGGCUACUCCAACUGGACGCCCGAGCAAGUGGCCGCCAACGUCGAGGCCGUGGCCACCGCCCUAGUCGAGAAGUGGGUUCCCCAGAAGUGGCGGAACAUGAAGAGCAUCUAUAUCAAGGGCCCCGAGUCCACCGCCCUGCCCAUCUGGCUGACCGAUGAGCUCUGGUUGGACGACAAGGACGUCAUCGCCGAGGACGAGGAGACCAAGGCCAUCAAGGCGGCCGAGAAGGCCAACAUUGGCAAGAAGAGGAAGUCGCUUGACGGCACAUCGGAGGCCGAGUCGCCCGCGCCCAAGAAGAAGGCCAAGAAGCAGCUGCUGCUGCCCGAGGGUGACGAUAACAAGCUAGACAAGCAGAUUUCGGACCGCAAGAGCAGGCUUCGAAAGCAGAAGGUGGUGGCAAAGAAAGCUAUGGAUUGA